AAUCCCAUCUUGUCUUCUUUCUACCGUUGCGUUAACCCUAAACCUCGACGCCGCAGCCGCCAUGCCGAGACCACUCCACCAUGUCAGCUGGUUGUUUCGCCAAAAUGCAGUGGUGGUGUUGGCUGUGGAGUGUGAAUGGUGGUGGUGGUAGUUGUGAGGGUGAGGCUAGAAUUUCGGUAACCACCAUGACUACAGGUUCGUUCGCCGUAAUACACGGUAGCGGUGGUGGUUGUGGGAAUGGUGGUGGUGAAGUCAUCAAGUGUGCAGGUGUCGGUGGUGUUUCGUUCGCUGGAAUACACAUAAAGACGGCGGUGGUGUGGUGGUUGACGGGGCGGGAACUCAAAUUCUCCACCUUCAUCUUGCUCUUGUCAUCUUUCUGGAAUCCAAUCAGAGCUCCAUUGUUGAUUGAUUAGGAUUUUGGGACUCAAAUUCUCUUCUGGGUGUAUCUGUUAGUUUAAUUUUGCUAGUUUGAAGGCACUGUGGAUUAUCAGGUUCAAGGCAUCCAAGGUAUCAGGAAGUGAAACAAGGUGGUGAGAAUAUUGUCGUGUUGAUUCAGAGCUUAGCAAUAUUGGCUUUGGGGAAUAAAAUAUGACUACUGAAGACAGCUUCCACCAGGACUUAAAUAAACCUGACACUGUAACUGCUGAUUAUGGUAAAGCACAUUCAAAUGCAGAAAUCGGAAGCUCACCUGACACAAAAUCUGCUACCGUUGGUGAACAAUAUGAAUUGAUGGCAAGCGAUGCCAUGCAUGGCAUACUUGAGUGCCCUGUUUGCUUUAAUUUAAUGCAUCCUCCCAUUCAUCAGUGUCUAAACGGCCACGUUUUAUGUUCAACCUGCAAGGCCAAAGUACUGAAUAUUUGCCCAAUUUGCCGACAACGUCUUGGAAGCAUUAGGUGCUUGUCUUUGGAGAAAGUUAUGGAAACAUUAGGAUUACCAUCCAGGUGCUCGAAUUUUGGUUGUCAAGAUAUUAUCCCCAUCCACAGCAAGUUGAGGCAUGAGCAGAAUUGCAGGUUUCGUCCAUAUAAGUGUCCAUGUAACGAAGCUGAAUGCUUUGUCACUGGUGAUAUCCAAUUCCUUGUUACACAUCUCAAGGAUGGUCACGAGGUUGAAGUUCAUGAUGUGUGUGCUUUCAACCACAAAUAUAUCAAACCAAAUCCUGAAGAAGGCCAUGAUGCUAGAUGGAAGUUGACAGUUUUCAACUGUUUCAGCCACCAGUUUUGCUUGCACUUUGAGGCUUUCCAUCUAGGAACGGCACCUGUUUACAUGGCCUUCCUGCGCUUUAUGGGCAAUGAUGAUGAGGCAAUGAAAUUCAGUUAUAGCUUGGAAGUUGGUAGAUUUGGCAGAAAGUUAACAUGGCAAGGAGUUCCAAGGAGCAUUCGUGAUAGUCGAAAGACAGUUCGUGGCGGUCUAGAUGGACUGGUUAUUCCAAAAAACACGGCACUCUUCUUUUCUGAUGGUGAUAGGCAGGCGCUGAAACUUACCGUGGCUGGUCGCAUAUGGCAAGAACAGUAGUUAUGAUGAAAUAAAGAUGUGUUGUAAAAAAAUUUGGGAAACUAUCUAUUUUCAUUUUUAUUUCUAAACAUGUUGGUGGAAAAUUAUUAUUCUUCUUUUUCUGUUUUCUGUUUUCUUUUUUCUUUUUGUUCUUUUCUUUUUUGUAACCCGGUUUAGUUAGUUAUAACUUGUAGAUUACAGCCUAGUUUUGGAAACAGUAUCUCUCUGGUUAAUAAAUCAGUUGUGUUAGAAAUGCAGCUAGCU